AUGGUAGAGACGCGAAGUAGCAAAUUCAAAAAGAGUCAAGAAAAGAACACUUUUAACCGUGAAGCAUCACCUAAGCGUGCCUUUGAUACAACGAUCUUGGAAUCAACGAAACACGUGCAUACGGACGAUACAACUAAUGAAGAUUCACUGGUCAAAAACUCCGAAAUUUUCGGAGAGAACGAAAUGAUCCUUUCUAAUAUCCGUUCCUAUCUUUUGUCGAAGGCCUCCAAGAAAUAUGCUGCAUAUCUCGCAAAAUACCUUAGGAUUGCGGAAUAUGGUGAAGGAGACGUAUUGAUAGGUGUCAGGGCACCAGAAAUUCGUGCAUUGUCGAAAAGUUUAGGAUUUCUUCCUUUUCUUGUUCUAAAAAACCUUAUCAAAUCAAAAUAUCACGAGGAGAGAUUGCUGGCGGUUAUCAAUAUGAAGGAAAAGUAUAAAAAUUCCAAUGAUCUUGUAAUGCGUGAACGCAUUUUUAACUUUUUUGUUGAGGAAAGGAAAGGCAUCAACAAUUGGGAUUUAGUGGAUUCGUCCGCAAGUCAAAUAGUAGGCGCACAUUUAAGAGACAAUCCAAAUUUAAAACGCUCGUGGCUAUUCGAUAAACUUGUAAAAUCGACACGACUUUGGGAUCGAAGAAUUGCAAUAGUUGCCACACAAAAUUUUAUUAGUCACGGAGAGUAUGAAGAUACUCUUGAAUUAGCCAGUACUCUACUAUAUGACAAAGAAGAUCUGAUACAUAAAGCAACCGGUUGGACCCUUCGUGAGAUGGGCAAGAUGUCAAAAGAAACACUCGUCAAGUUUUUGGAUCAGCACGCGCAGAACAUGCCAAGAAUCAUGUUGAGAUAUAGUAUAGAAAAAUUUUCGGUACAAGAACGUAAAUUAUACAUGAAUAUUGGCAAAAAAUCAUGA